CCUAUUGAAGCCUUCCUCCUCAUCUUUGCCAUUAAUCUCACUUCAUUUGUUACUGUAAGUUGGUGCGGAGGACCCUGUUGAAGACAAGCAGACUUUCAUUCCAGGAGCCCAACGGUUGCUGUUGCUCUUGUGGCUGGCUGACUUUAGUGGGAAAGGCGCAGGAUGUCCAACAACAUGGCCAAGAUUGCAGAUGCUCGAAAGACAGUAGAACAAUUGAAACUGGAGGUCAACAUAGAGAGGAUGAUGAUAUCCAAAGCAGCAGCUGAUCUGAUGGCCUACUGUGAAGCUCAUGCCAAAGAGGACCCCCUGGUGACACCAGUACCUUCUUCUGAGAACCCGUUUCGAGAGAAGAAAUUAUUCUGUAUAAUACUAUAACCCCCCAUGUACAAGACAAGACACUUACAGCUAUUUUAAUGUGUGAAUUCAGUUCUAGCUUUAAUGACAAACACAAUAAGACAACCUUUUUUACAGCAUUCAGUUUUGUAAUUAAAGUAGCUCUUUGGUGACUAGCUGUACCUGAGGAAUGAUCAUUAUUUGAACAUGAUAAUGACGGCAAUAAAGAUUUAUUGAAUA